AUGCCAUCGCUCUGCGCCUCCCCCGCCCCCCCGAAACACAGGGAACCCUCAGAAGCUCCUUACCCUUGUGCCCCGAAACAAACAUGGCUCUACGCCUCGCCGAACGCUAUUGUACACCCCCCCGCCCCGGCCCCGAAACGCAUCGCCUUGAGCCCAGCGACGCUCCCACCGCCCUGCGCCGGCGGGCUGCGCAUCGCCCCGCGCCAGCGGCAGCGCUCGGCGCCACGAGAAACACGGGCCAAGGCGGAUAUAGAGUUUCCAGCAGCAAAGCACAAAUUGCUCCGCAAAGGUAACUACGCGGGGCGGGUGGGGGCUGGAGCGCCCGUGUACCUGGCGGCCGUGCUGGAGUACCUGACGGCCGAGAUCCUGGAGCUGGCGGGCAACGCGGCCCGCGACAACAAGAAGACGCGCAUCAUCCCCCGGCACCUGCAGCUGGCCAUCCGCAACGACGAGGAGCUCAACAAGCUGCUGGGCAAGGUGACGAUCGCGCAGGGCGGGGUGCUGCCCAACAUCCAGGCCGUCCUGCUGCCCAAGAAGACCGACAGCCACAAGGCUAAAGCCAAGUGAGCUCGUCUAAGACUGAUUAGGAAACAAAACGGACAAAAAAGGCUCUUUUCAGAGCCACCCACAACGGUCAUGAAGGGUUGAGUCACUCUUUGCAAGUUCCAUUUCUUGUGGUGAAUGCUGGCAGAAACACGUAAGCAGCUUUUUCUUGGAAUGCUUGCUUUAACU